AUGGCUAAAGGCGCAGUGGCUAAACUGAAGUUUAACUCACCUAUAAUAUCUACUUCCGAUCAGCUGAUAUCAACAAACGAGCUAUUAGAUCGUUUGAAAGCUUUGCAUGAGGAAUUGGCUUCUUUGGAUCAGGACAAUACAGAUUUAACGGGGUUGGAUAAAUAUAGAGACGCCCUAGUUAGCAGAAAAUUAUUAAAACAUAAAGACGUGGGGAUCCGCGCCUUUACUGCUUGUUGCCUUAGCGAUAUCCUGAGGUUAUAUGCCCCAGAUGCGCCUUAUACGGAUGCUCAGCUAACAGACAUUUUCAAGCUUGUACUCUCACAAUUCGAACAAUUGGGUGAUCAAGAAAACGGCUAUCAUAUUCAACAGACUUAUUUGAUCACUAAGCUACUAGAAUACAGAUCAAUUGUAUUAUUAGCCGAUUUACCUAGUUCAAACAAUUUGCUUAUCGAGCUGUUUCAUAUUUUUUACGAUCCUAAUAAGAGCUUCCCUGCAAGGCUCUUCAAUGUAAUAGGCGGUAUACUCGGCGAAGUCAUCUCUGAGUUCGAUUCUGUUCCAUUAGAAGUACUAAGAUUGAUCUUCAAUAAGUUUUUGACCUAUAACCCAAAUGAAAUUCCUGAAGGUUUGAAUGUUACUUCUGACUGUGGCUACGAAGCUAGCCUAAUUUUAUGUGAUGCUUAUUCCAAUAGAAUGAGUAGACAUUUAACUAAAUAUUAUUCAGAGAUUAUUCAUGAAGUAACUAAUGAUGAUAAUACUUCCAGACUACUCACUACGAUCGUGAAACUACAUAAACUGAUAUUAAGGCUUUGGGAAACGGUCCCCGAAUUGAUCAACGCGGUAAUCGGAUUUGUAUAUCAUGAAUUAUCUUCAGAUAACGAGCUAUUCAGAAAAGAAGCUACAAAACUAAUUGGUCAAAUACUUACCUCAUAUUCGGAUUUGAAUUUUGUCUCUACACAUUCCGAUACAUUCAAGGCAUGGAUUUCCAAAAUUGCUGAUAUUAGUCCCGAUGUUAGAGUGCAAUGGACAGAGUCAAUUCCUGAGAUUAUUACUACAAGAGAUGACAUAUCCAAAGAACUGAAUCAAGCACUGGCAAAAACAUUCAUUGAUUCUGAUCCUCGUGUACGUAGGACUUCCGUUAUGAUCUUCAAUAAGGUCUCCACUAAUGAAAUUUGGAAGAAUAUAACCAAUAAAGCCAUUUAUACAUCUUUACUACAUUUGGCCCGAGAAAAACACAAGGAGGUUAGAGAACUCUGCAUUAACACUAUGGCAAAAUUUUACUCAAAUUCAUUGAACGAGGUCGAAAGAACUUACCAAAAUAAAGAAAUCUGGGAAAUCAUAGAUACCAUACCAACUACUUUAUACAAUCUCUAUUAUAUCAAUGAUUUAAACAUUAAUGAGCAAGUCGACAACGUUAUUUUUGAAUAUCUACUACCAUUUGAACCAGAUAACGACAAAAGAGUUCAUAGGCUACUGACGGUUUUGUCACAUUUUGAUAAAAAGGCAUUUACUUCAUUCUUCGCUUUUAAUGCAAGACAAGUCAAAAUAUCCUUUGCCAUAUCCAAAUAUAUCGAAUUUAGCAAAUUUUUAAACAAUCAAGAAAGUAUGAACUCGCCUCAGGGUCCUCUGAUAAUCAACAAGUACAAUCAAACUCUUCAGUGGUUAGCUUCUGGUCUUUCUGACUCUACGAAGGCAAUAGACGCCCUUGAAACUAUAAAACAGUUCAACGACGAAAGGAUUUUCUAUUUAUUAAACACAUGUAUCACCAACGAUAUUCCGUUUCUCACUUUAAAAAAUUGUUUCAAUGAAUUAGUCGGUAAGUUACAAACACCAGGACUGUUUAAGAAGUAUAAUAUAUCUACUGGUGCUUCCAUUAUUCCACGUGAUAUCGCCAAGGUAAUACAAAUUUUGCUUUUCAGGGCUUCACCAAUAAUUUAUAAUGUAUCCAACAUCAACGUUUUAUUGAACUUGUCCAAUAACUCUGAUGCAAAGCAAUUGGAUAUGAAAAGAAGAAUCUUAGAUGAUAUAUCGAAAGUCAAUCCCACUUUAUUCAAAGAUCAGAUUAGAACACUAAAGGCCAUCAUCAAGAACCUGGAUGAUCCAGACGCAGAAAACCAUGAUAACUUGACAUUAGAAGAAGCUUUAAAAACACUGUACAAGGCUUCCAAAACCCUAAAGGAUCAGGUCGAUUUUGAAGAUACGUUUUUCUUCACCAAAUUAUACGAUUUUGCGGUUGAGGGUAAACCAGAAAUAACUAAAUACUCUACAAAACUUAUUGCUUUAUCACCCAGGGCCGAAGAAACUUUGAAAAAGAUAAAAAUACGUAUCCUACCCUUAGAUUUGCAAAAAGACAAAUAUUUUACAUCCCAUAUUAUUGUGCUCAUGGAAAUAUUCAAAAAGUUUCCUCAUAUCCUAAAUGAUGAUUCCACCGAUAUCAUAUCAUACCUAAUUAAAGAAGUUUUAUUAUCGAACCAAGUCGUUGGUGAUUCAAAAAAAGAAGUUGACUGGAUAGAAGAUUCCUUAUUAAGUGAGACAAAAUACUCAGCAAUAAGUAACAAAGUAUUCACUUUAAAGUUGUUUACUAACAAAUUAAGGUCAAUCGCCCCGGAUGUUCCCAGAGAUGAAUUGGCGGAAAGUUUCACCGAAAAAACUAUGAAAUUAUUCUUCUAUUUGAUUGCGAGUGGGGGUGAGCUAAUUUCUGAAUUUAAUAAGGAGUUUUAUCCCACCCCAAGUAAUUAUCAAACAAAAUUGAGGUGUGUGGCAGGAAUACAGGUCUUGAAGUUGGCCAGGAUUUCUAAUUUGAACAACUUUAUCAAACCUUCGGAUAUUAUUAAACUGAUUAAUCUGGUAGAAGAUGAAUCGCUGCCAGUAAGGAAAACUUUCUUAGAGCAAUUAAAGGAUUAUGUGGCUAAUGAACUGAUUUCCAUCAAAUUUCUACCAUUAGUCUUUUUUACUGCCUAUGAACCAGAUAUCGAAUUAAAAACCACAACGAAGAUAUGGAUAAACUUUACAUUUGGCUUAAAAUCAUUUAAGAAGGGAACGAUAUUCGAAAGAGCAUUACCAAGGUUGAUACAUGCGAUUGCACACCAUCCUGAUAUAGUAGAAGGUUUAGAUUCUGAGGAAGAUGUAUAUCUGAAUGCUUUAACUACUGCAAUUGAUUAUUUGUUAUUUUAUUUUGAUUCUAUUGCUGCUCAAGAAAACUUUAGUUUGCUUUAUUAUUUAUCAGAAAGGGUAAAAAACUAUCAAGAUAAGCUAGUUGAGGCUGAAAACGAUGAAGAGGAAGAACUGCAAAAAGAAGAAAAGCCAAAGAAACAUGGACCUUACGGUCAGAAAAUGUAUAUCAUAGGAGAAUUAUCGCAAAUGAUUCUAUUGAAUUUGAAAGAAAAGAAAAAUUGGCAACAUUCAGCAUAUCCAGGUAAAUUAAACUUACCAUCGGAUUUGUUUAAACCUUUUGCAACUGUUCAGGAGGCGCAGUUAUCUUUCAAGACAUACAUACCAGAGGGCGUGACUGAAAAAAUACAGAAUAAUAUAAGAGCUAAAAUAGGACGGAUCCUUCAUACAUCACAAACUCAAAGGCAAAGGCUUCAAAAGAGGUUAUUAGCCCACGAAAACAAUGAAUCACAAAAGAAGAAGAAGAGAGUUCAUCAUGUGAGACCACAGGCCCACCAUGAAGAAAGUGAUGAAGAUGGAGAAUUGGAUAGUGACGAUGACAGUUAUUUACCUCCCAACAAAAAUGGAAACAGGAAAGGACAUGAGAACGUUGUGAUGAAGAAAUUGAGGGUUAGGAAAGAAGUUGAUUACAAAGAUGAUGAAGAAGAAGAUGAUAUCGAGAUGAUUUAG